AUGAACUUGUCCGACGAUGCAAGUCCCUCACCUGCACUCCAAGCAUUACCAACCGAGCUGCUUGGUGCUAUCUGCGCUCUACUUUGCAAUCGCGACAUCAAGAGCUUACGUCUGACUUGUCGAGCCUUGGGAGACACGUCGCCUCUAAGAUUCGACCGCGUUUUUAUCUCUGCUAAUCCACGCAAUAUCGAGGUGUUGCUCGCAGUCGCUAACCACGAUGUUUUCCGUCAUCGCGUGAAAGAGAUCAUAUGGGACGACUCCGUGUUGAUGAAGAUUCCUAUUACAGACGGCUAUGGCCCUUGUGGCUAUAGCGGGGAUGAGAACGAUCCUGAUGACUAUGCCGCUAACGAGGACAAAGAAUGGAUCUCGAGGGAUUUCGUUCGUCUAUGUAAAGACAGCAUCUUUUUAACCGAGAGCAGAUUGCAGGACAAGAAUAAAUACCAGGGCGACAACGAAGUGCAGAAGCAGGUAGAUAACCUAAUGCCCUCUCGGGACGCACUGGCACAUUAUAUAGACCUCCUUCAUCAGCAAAGGGAGGUGUUGUCAUCCAGCGCAGAUGAAGAAGCUUUUCGGUACGCCGUGCAACAGUUCCCACAACUCACCAAGGCCACCGUUACACCAGCUGCACACGGGUUUCUUUUUAUGCCACUUUAUGAAACACCAAUGAUCCGAGCAUUUCCAUCUGGGUUUGUAUAUCCCAUUGCUCGCACCUGGCCAUCUGACGAGAGACUUGGACAUGGCAGCCCUGAGGAUUGCCCAGAAGGAUGGGAAAAUGACGACGAGAGGAGACAGUGGCGCGGAUUCUGCAUAGUUUCAAAGAUUCUAGCUGAUCAUGCAGAGAAGCUUCAAAUCUCUGAGCUAGUUGUGGAUAAUCACAAACUCCCCACCGGUGUCGAUUACACUCUCUUCGACAAGCCAAAUACAGAGUAUGAUAGUCUCUGCACGAUUGUUGCGCGGCCAGGCUUUAAACGCCUUGUCCUCUCCCUAGCAACUGGAUACCGCGAAGGCUUUGAUGCUGAAGAUUGGGGUAUCUAUAGAAACGGCAGAAUAUCCAGCCUCCUCGCCAAAGCAACCGACCUGGAGGAAGUUGCCUUGCAGACCAACUACGAUUUGACUUCUUGGUUUUGCACUAUGGAAGAUUCUUUAUCACUCUUUGAUAUCUUUCCCGUGGACACUUUCUCAAACGGAAAACUACGACACUUUGGACUUUCCGGGAUGCAAGUCCUCCAGGAGGAUCUUAUUUCUUUUCUCGGCAAGCUCCCAUCAACACUAAAAUCAGUCAACCUCAGCUUUCUCUCCUUGGUCGAGGGCCACGGAAACCAUGCUACGAUGUUAGCUGAUAUUCGAGACAAAUUAGGAUGGAGACAUCGACCAGCUAGCCAAAGGAUCAAGGUCAGCAUUUCCAUGCUCCUCAAUCAAUUCGACGAGGGCCGCUACGUAUGCCUUGACAGAGAGGUUCAAGAAUACAUUUACGGCGAUGGCCCGCCUCCCUUUGUUGCCCAAGAGGGGAUGAUUGAAGCUCACUUCACAUGGGGCACCGGCAUUGUUUAUGAUGAGUUUGAUCCUAGCUUUGCGGUACCAUAUGAAAGGAACUAA